CACUCGAGCUCUCGGUACCUGCAUUGCUUAGGCCACUUGACACAGAACCACCUCGCUGCUUCGCGCUAGCUAAGUCGCUGGUUAGAAAGAGACGCGGCAAUGGCGCUCCUACGGCCUCUCGCGCUCUGCUUGCUGCUCGUCUCCUGCGCCGCGCAGUCGCCGGCCUCGUCGCCGUCGGCGUCGAACGGUCCUCCGCUCAGCGCCGCCACGCCGCAGGCAUCCGCCGCCUCGUCGCCACAGGUCUCGGCCGCUGCACCGACCACGGCAGCCUCGGCGCCACAGGUGUCGUCCGCGGCGGCCCCGACCAAUGCCGCCUCGGCGCCGCAGGUCUCCGCCGCGGCCCCGACCAAUGCCGCCCAGGCGCCGAAGGUCUCCGCCGCAGCACCGACCAAUGCCGCCUCGGCGCCACGGGUUUCCGCGGCGGCUCCGCCCAAUGCCGCCUCGGCGCCACAGGUUUCCGCCGCGGCCCCACCGACCACGGCCGCCGCGGCGCCACAGCUGGCCGCCGCGUCACCGCCGACCGCCACCUCCUCGCCACCGGUCUCCGCGCCUACUUUGGCAGUGGCAGCUCCCCCUCUGGCAACACCGCCCACCGUCGCCGCCCCAGUGGCCUCCCCGCCCCUCGCCACUCCACCGGCGGCGCUUCCUCCGGCCACCGCGCCACCGACGUCUGCACCCGCUCCGCUGCUCGCCGCCCCGGUCCUGGCGCCCGUCGCCACGCCGACCUUGGCCCCCGCGCCAGCUCCCGUAUCGCCGGCGCCAGCGCCCGUAUCGCCGGCGCCGGCUCCGAUCGUGGCCCCGACCCCGGCGCCCAUCUUGGCGCCCGAGCUGUCGCCCCUGAUGGCACCGGAGCUGUCUCCCCUCGGCUCGCUGUCGCCGGGGCCCUCGCUCGCGCCGGCGAUGGCGUCGGAGGAUGAGUCAGCGGCGACGCGCGCGCCCGCCGGCAUUGCCGCGUUGGUGGCAUUGGCGGCGGCGGGGCUCGUGGCCUUGUUUUAAGUAUAGCUGAGUCACAUCACCGCCUACUUUCGCGUUUUCUGUUUAACUUUGUUAUUACUCGAUCGUUUUCCCGUCGUCUUUUUUGUGUUUUGCGUGUCUGCAUGUAUGAUUCUUGGUGUACGAUAAAUUGGUUAUUUAUUUCUUUUUUUAUCAUUUAUUUAUGGAUGAUAAAUAUGGAUCGGGAUA